AUGAGUAUUGGAUCUUCAGCAAAAGGGGAAAAGUUGUGGACCUUCGGUAUGGAGGGAUCCUAUAGAAGGAAACAAGGAAGAAGCAAUCGUCAAGCUUCGGCCACCGGUGUGGUACCUGCUGAAGGCUCUCCGAUACUUAAGUCAGCAAGUAUAUGUGGUAAUUUUGGCAGAAAAAGUGAAAAUGAGAGUUUUGCACAAAGUUUCGAUGUGGGACUUUGUACAAACUGUUGUGGAGGCAACAUGUGUCCAUGGAAACUAGGUUCUGUAGUUGAGAACAUUGGCAUGCGGUUACCGCUUCGGAAGGAGGUCUUCCUUUGCCUGUGCGUCUGCCCAAGUGUCAGUCGUCUAAUGCCGAAUACGAUUGGUUGA